GUAGCAGGCUAUGUCCCACAAAGAAUUUGACGCUUCUUUAUCUAUGCUAUAUUGAAUCGUUAUGCACUGGGAGUUGUACAGUGAGCAGUAGAAGCAAAAGUGUAAUAACCAGUUGUUUGCACCUAUGACUUUUUUUCAUUGAGAUAUAUACAUUUUUUCGCAUUGCAGCAGGAAAAGGACUGCCCGCUGAUCUUCGGAGCGCACCGCCUCGAAACGUCUAUGACCGCCGUGAAUACAAAGCCCGCAACACUCGCUGUCAGGACUACUGUUUUGUUGAUGUCAUCCGUGGUCGCGCAGGAGCGAACGUCAAUUCCUCUCCAACAGUAGAACGAACAAAAAUUACAACAAUCUGGAUUUAGUGCACGGCGAUGAUGGGAAUCUUUGUGCACUGUGUUUUACUUCUUCUGUUUAAUGUGUCGUUUGGUUUAGACAUUUCACGGAGAACCGCAUACAAUGGGCAAACAGUUUUUACAAAGAGUCCUAGUCUAGAUAAAGGGUCAUAUAUUGAAAAGAGAUCGGUUCCUGCCUGGCUUGCCCCAGCAAAGCACAUGAGAAGUAGAAGAAGCACAGACCAAGGAAACACCUGUAAAGCUCUUCAAGGAUACGACACCAAGUUGUCUGAAAAUACCCACAGCUACACCUUCAAUGACCUGAGUGGCUCUGUGUCGCUGGCCUGGGUGGGAGAUGGUACAGGGGUCAUCUUGGUUUUGACAACAUUUCAGGUGCCAUUCUUCUUGUUAAGAUUUGGCCAGUCUAAACUUUAUCGAAGUGGGAACUAUGGGAAGUCGUUCCAGGAUGUCACCAGCCUCAUCAACAACACCUUCAUCCGCACUGAGUUAGGAAUUGCCAUUGGUCCGGAGAACUCUGGGAAGGUUAUCCUAACAGGCCAGGUGUCUGGAGGCAAGGGCUCACGUAUCUUUGUCUCCAAGGACUUUGGGAAGAGUUUCAGCCACCUUGACCUUCCCUUCACCCCCCUGAUGCAGAUCACCUACAACCCCCACGAUUCCAAUGUCCUUAUGGCCAUCAGCAGUGUUAAUGAGCUGUGGCUAUCAGAGGACUUUGGGGAGAACUGGAAAAAGCUCCAUGGCAUGGUGUGUCUGGUGAAAUGGGGGAUGGACAACGCAAUUUUCUUUACAACCAACUUGAAUGGAUCUUGCAAUGACAGGGGGAUGCUAGAUUUGAGGAAGACAUCAGACUAUGGGAAAAACAUCAAGACAGUUGCCAGUAAGAUCUUCUCUUUUGGCCUUGGUGGACGUUUUCUCUUCGCCUCAGUAAUGACCGGCAAGGAAACAUUGAGGAUGAUCCAUGUGUCAGUGGACCAGGGGGAAGUGUGGAAUAUGGCCCAGCUGCCCGCCGUUGGUCACGAGCAGUUCUACUCCAUCCUGGCAGCGAAUGAUGACAUGGUGUUCAUGCAUGUGGAUGAUCCAGGGGACACAGGAAUUGGAACCAUCUACGUGUCUGACGAUCGUGGCACGGUUUACUCCAAGUCUCUGGAACGACAUCUCUAUACCACCACAGGGGGUGACACAGACUUUGUAAAUGUCACCUCCCUUCGUGGGGUCUUCAUCACCAGUGUCCUUGCUGAGGAUAACUCGGCUCAGACAGUAGUGUCCUUUGACCAGGGAGGGGAGUGGCUACCCGUACAGAAACCAGCCAACAGUAUAUGUGACUCCACAGCCAAAGACCCAGAGAAGUGCAGUCUCCACAUCCAUGCUGCUUACAGCACAGGAACGGGGCUGAACAUCCCAAUGCUUCCUCUGACGGAGCCCAAUGCUGUGGGCCUCAUCCUAGCUCACGGAAGCGUAGGCGACGCCCUCUCUGUGCUGGUUCCAGACGUGUACGUGUCUGACGAUGGGGGCUACUCCUGGCUGAAGGCCCUGAGGGGCCCCCACCAUUACGCCAUCUUGGACUCGGGGGGUCUGUUGGUGGCUGUGGAGCACAGCAACACUGAGCCUGUCCACCAGAUCAAGUUUUCUACGGACGAGGGCCAGUGCUGGCGAGUGUAUAACUUCACCGACGAGCCCAUCCACUUCACAGGCCUGGCCUCGGAGCCUGGCGCACGCUCCAUGAACGUCAGCGUCUGGGGCUACAGGGACACCAUCAUCAGCCAGUACUGGAUCUCUUUCACCAUCGACUUCAGGGAGCUGCUUACCAGGGACUGCGGGGACAAUGACUACGUACAGUGGCUGGCACACUCUGAUGACAUCAGCGACCCUAACGACGGAUGCAUGCUCGGUUACAAGGAGCGCUUCUUGCGUUUGAGGAAGGACUCUGUGUGCUGGAACGGACGAGACUACAUGGUCAAUAAGGAGCCCACCCCCUGCCCCUGCACUCUGGACGACUUCCUUUGUGACUUUGGGUACUACCGCAAAGAGAACAGCUCCGUGUGUGUGGAGCAGCCGGACCUGAAGGGCCAGGUCCUGGAGUUCUGCCUGCAAGGCAGGGAGGAGCAGCUGCAGACCAGCGGUUAUAGGAAAAUCCCAGGGGACAAGUGUCAGGGAGGAAAUAUGCCUGAGCGCAAGGAGAUUGACCUGAGCCAGAGGUGUGUCAGCGACCUGCUCGGUCCACAACUCCUGACAAAGGUCCAUACCUCCAGCUCUGUGCCUAUCGUGGUGACGGUCAUUAUCAUCAUGCUGCUCGGUACUGUAGCAGGGGUCUUCUUCGUCAAGAAGUAUGUCUGUGGUGGACGGUUCCUGGUUCACAGGUACUCAGUGCUGCAGCAACACGCCGAGGCUAACGGCAUUGAGGGAGAGGACGAACCACUGGAAACCACCCACACUCCCAACGGCAAGAUAGAAUUCCAUGACGACUCAGAUGAGGACCUUCUAGAAUAGCUGAUAGAACCUGCGGCGUUAUGGAAGAAACUGGUCUCCAGCCCACCCUGUGGCUGGCUGCUACCUUGUCUCUAUCUUGCUACUUCCUGCUUCCUCUCUCCGCUGUGACCUCUGACCUUCAGGACCUGUUGGAGAGCCGUAGGUCACCCUGCUCUCAUCAGUGAGGUGUCUAAUGAAUGUAUAGAAGCUUUCUGAGUCUCAGUGUUGAGGACCACAGAACCAGGGGGGGGGGUGGGGGGGGGGAGGGGAGCCCCUGGAUAAUAGGAAGAUCCUUUUUUCCUUACUCUGUUACUUACAUUUUCAGUGAAAGAUGCCAUCCCACAGUUUGUUUAUUUAUUUUUUACAAAUGCUCCUAAAUAUUUUUGUGAAUGCCUUGAUACCAAGACACCCCAAACAAGGCAAAGGCGUUACUACUACUGAAUUAAAAUUAGUUGUUUGGUUGACCAACCCAAAAUCAGGGUAGCACAUUAAACUGGGGAAAAUAGUAACAGAUCAAGAGCAUUAACAAACAAUAAUUGCUUACGGGUCACCCCUCUCCCAUCAAGUAGGAAGGUUUUUGCACCCGCUUUGUUAUUUAGUUCUCUUUAACCUCUGCACUUGUACAUAAACAUCUGUGUUUGACUUCUGUAAUCUGUAAUUACAACUGCUGUAGGUUGUUGUGGCUUGACAAGUUGUAUCAGCUGAGCCACUGAGUUCCAAACAUGAAACUCUCGUUAAGUAUUUGCCUACAUUUAAAAAUGCUGAUGGAAAAUCUCUAUAUGCAUUUAGCGUGUGAUAGCAAUACCAUGUUUGGAGGAAGUCUGUUGGAACAAGCUUUCAGAGCAUAAAUGAUAUCCUACCAAAUCUGUUAAUUCUUAAUCAAUCAGCUAAACCUAACCUAACUCGUACUCAACACACAUUUCCCACUUUGGCAUGUUUUGAUGGAGUUAGGUCUGCACAUCUUGAGAAUUGGUUGGCAGUUGUAACUGCCUAAAGCACAAGAUAAUUUAUAUGUGGUCUCUUGAAUUUUGUUAUUCCUUAAAUAAAGUAAAACUAAAUAAGGAUUCUGCAAUAAUAAACAAGUUCCAAAAUGUGAAACUGAAAAACUAUCAAUCUAACUCUGUUAUAAAACAGAGUCAAACAGGGGUAGGAGCAAAUAUGUAAUUAUGUAAAUGUAGUAUUUGGUUGAUAGAUUGAAGCCAUUUUAAGAAUGAGAUUAUUGGGUGUGGUUAUGUGAGCUGUUUAACCGAAUAAUUUGAGUUAUGCACUGUAUGUGUUGUAGUGAAUAUGAGAUGAGCAUAUACUACUGGGUCAUAUCUUGAUAGUGGUGACAGGGUCCUGGAUUUAGAAUAUCUCACAAAGCUACAGUAGGCCCAACUAGGGUGGGCUGUUUUAAUUCAACAAAAAAGAAAAAAUAAUUCUGGGUAAAUACAUUUGUUAAACAUACAGUUGGUUAUACCUUUCACAGGAUCUCCUGGGUGUUUAUGCUCUUUUUAGUUUCUAAAGGUUUUUGUCUUUGUUUCGUGUCAUUGCCCCAUUGUAGGUUUUAUGUAUUUAUAACAGCCAGGUUAGGAGUACAUUAUGUGUGCUAAUGGUUAUACAAGUGCCUAGAGUGGGAAUGGGACAUGUGCCUUCCCAAUGAGUGGCGAGUUGUUGUGUUCAGUUGUCUGGUAUCAUCAGUGUAACCACGGUUACAUCCGUCUGGUCAAUUGUACCCCUUUGAUGCACUUGCUACUAAAAUAUUUAAUCUUCUCAAUGAAUUUAAUAUCUCUUUAGACUGCUUCAUAGAAGCUCCCCACAUGAUUUACAAAACAAAUCCUAUUUUUCCAGUAAAAAUAAGUUCAAUCCAUAUAACAAGCUAUAUUUGUUUUCUUAACGCUAUAUUAAAUACCUUCCUAAAUAGUGUUUACUUAAUGACAGAGCAUCUGUACCUGAAUACAAUUAUGAGCAUUUGCUUACUAUUAAUUGGUUUAAAAGGCGUUACAGGGAGAACAUAGCUGCUACACUUUAAUUGGGGAGUCAAUUAUCAGUCUUAUUUAAUUUGCAGGUCAACACACCUGAGGGGUACUGAGGGGCUGGGCACAUUUUUCUUACAAUUUAAAAUGUUGUAAAAUGUUAUUUGUUGUGAUGGUUAUGUAAAUAUCCAAUUACAUCUUUGUAUCUGCUGUGUUUUUCUCUUCUGUAUAUUUGAGACUAUUUGCUUUGAGUUGACCAAUAAAUUGACUUGUCCCUUUACUCCUUUCAA